GCGACUGCCCAGGCAUGGACCGCAGACUACCAAGGAACGGCACCAAAAGCUUUCCUGGAGUAUAUCGACACAUUCAUUGAUGGCCGGGAUCAAUACGCACGCUAUCUUUCGGUGAUCAACUCCUCCGGAACAGGCAAAAGCAGGAUGCUACAUGAGGUCGGCAAGCUUGUCGCUCAUGUAUCGUUUAUUGUUCGAGAGAAGGAAUCCACAGGCUAUCCACCAGCAGAUAUCGAUGUCCGAAAUUAUUUCGACAUUGUUCCCACCUCUCAGCAAGCAGCGUACAGCCGCUGUGUGGCGUUUUUGACUUCACUUUUCCGCAACCUGCACACUCAACUGCAUGAAGCCUCCGCCGCGACAGAUUACAACGGAGUUAUCACUGCUCUGUAUGAAAUCAGCACAGUGGAUGAACCCCAGCAUAGGAGCAGACGUCAGUCCUUCUACCACAAGGUGGUUGCAGAUGCCAAGGAUGUAGCUGGGUCACUCCGUGACCUCCACAGCGCAGCAAAAAGUCUAGAAGACUUUUUGCUGAGUCUUGGCUGUGAUAUUUCCCCAACGCCAGCCCAAGGCGCAUUUGGAAACCGCAGCAAACCAAACCGCAGCAAACCAGACCGCGGCGGUCUGUUGCCACAGCGGCACAAAGUGCUCCUAAUGCUCUCAUUUGAUGAAGCCCAUCGACUUACCACCAUGCGGGGUAUGCAGAAUGAAACUGUGUACUCAUACUUUGGAGAAUUGAGGAGAGCAUUACGCACGAUACGCCUGUAUUCCAUCUUCACCGUCUUUGCCUCCACAACUGGCGAAAUAUUCCAAUUUUCUCCGGUUAGGCAAGAAGAUGAUCCAUCAAGACGCUUACAACUUGGACAGCUUCGUACCAUCCCACCAUUCAUUCACAUGGGGUUUGAUCAGUUCAUGAAAAUCGCUACUGACGGCAUGGAGAUAACUGAAUUAACAGGUAUAGACUAUGCUGUCCACUUGGGACGUCCUCUUUUUGCCACACGAUACCUUGCUGGUAAUGACGAGGUCAAGAGGGGCAUCGUGGGGUUUGCGGCAGAGAAGCUUCUAAAUGGAUCGUGGCCUGCCGAUGUCAAGAACCUCAGCAAGCAGCAAAAAUUUGCUUGCCUCUCCGCACGGCUUCCCCUAAACUUCACACCGAUGCCCACCAGCCUCCAUUCCGAAGAAGUCGAACAAGUUGAAAAACAUUUGCGGAUACUCUUGCGCACCCACAACGACCGUGCAGGUAUCGUAACUGAGACACCAUCCGAGCCGAUUCUGGCUUUGGGCGCACAGCUAGUGAUGCGUGACCCUGCCUUCCGCCCUCCGCUUGCUCUUUUCGAACAGCUCGAUCACCUUGCCGUGCAUCGAGGGGAGAGAGGUGAAGCUAUAGCUGGUUUACUCCUUCUGAUGGCAAUGGACAAGGCUAGGGCCUUGCCUACACCUGCUGCCGGUGUAGUCCGUGUCACAGACUUUCUCGAGGCACUGUUACCCUCAACAACUCGAGACGUGCUACCUUGUCAAUACGGAAGAUCGCCAGCGGCACCGCCACCAAACACAUUGUUUUCCUCAGCUGCCGACGCUAUCAAUCUUCGUACCACAUUUGCUCAAAGCUCGAUGCAUUUCACCCACUGGAUGUCCGUCAAGAGCCAGAAGGUAGUAUCGCAGUGGCAUCUGUUCGCCUGCAUGGCGCGAGGUGCUGGGAUCAAAUGCGCCAACAGCUUCCCCGGCGUUGACUUCAUAAUCCCCUUUCUUCUACGAGGAGAUACUGCCUCUCCCGCUGCAAUCAGUGCAAUUCUGAUACAGGUGAAACUCGACAAGAGCUAUGGGUCUAAUCCAAAUGUCAGACUUUUCGAUGCCAUGGACCCUCAAGAACUGGGAAUUUUUGACCAGGACGUCACAAUGCCCGUGGUCAGGAUCGUGUUCUCUCUAGCUGCGAAGCAGCCUUCUUUCCUUGUCGGACCUUUCUAUGAUGCUAAGACAUCUGUGAUUACCCACUCUCAGGCCGAUAGUAUCUUAACAUCCACCGGCUCUCGUAAACGCAAGAUAUCAGAUGCAACCCCAGACACAAUUGCGACUGUUCAGUCAGACAGCAUCUCGGCACCCAUCCAAUCCCGUACACGGCGCAAGACGGUAGCUGCAACUCCGGACUCGAUUGCGACUCGAGUAAGUACACGGCGGCGGCACAUGACAGCAAGUGCAAUACCGGACGCGAUUGCGACUGUUCACCCAGCCAGCACUUCGGCGCCUACUCGGUCUCAUACACGACACAAGACACUACACAGUGAACAGGUGGUGAGUCGCAAAUUGCAGUAA